CAACUGUCCGUGCGUCCGGUCGUCUGUGCGUCGUCCGCGGACCGGCGGCGGGUCCGGCGGCCGAGCCCAUGCAGCCGCGCAGCGAGCGCCCGGCCGGCAGGACGCAGAGCCCGGAGCACGGCAGCCCGGGGCCCGGGACCGAGGCGCCGCCGCCGCCACCGCCGCCGCAGCCGCCGGCCCCUGAGGCAGAGCGUGCACGGCCGCGGCAGGCCCGGCCCACGGCCCCCAUGGAGGGUGCAAUGCAGCUGCUGAGCCGCGAGGGCCACACUGUGUCCCACAACUCCAAGCGGCACUACCACGAUGCCUUCGUGGCCAUGAGCCGCAUGCGGCAGCGAGGCCUCCUGUGUGACAUCGUCUUGCACGUGGCCGCCAAGGAGAUCCGGGCACACAAGGUGGUGCUGGCCUCCUGCAGCCCCUACUUCCAUGCCAUGUUCACAAAUGAGAUGAGCGAGAGUCGCCAGACACACGUGACACUGCAUGACAUCGACCCUCAGGCGUUGGACCAGUUGGUGCAGUUUGCGUACACAGCUGAGAUCGUGGUGGGCGAAGGCAACGUGCAGACUCUGCUCCCAGCCGCUAGCCUCUUGCAGCUGAACGGCGUCCGUGACGCCUGCUGCAAGUUCCUGCUGAGUCAGCUUGAUCCCUCCAACUGUCUGGGCAUCCGAGGCUUCGCCGACACGCACUCAUGCAGUGACCUGCUCAAGGCGGCACACAGGUACGUUCUGCAGCACUUCGUGGAUGUGGCCAAGACUGAGGAAUUCAUGCUGCUGCCGCUGAAACAGGUGCUGGAACUGGUCUCUAGCGACAGCCUGAACGUGCCUUCAGAAGAGGACGUCUACCGUGCCGUCCUGAGCUGGGUCAAGCAUGACGUGGACGCUCGGCGGCAGCAUGUCCCUCGGCUGAUGAAGUGUGUGCGCCUGCCCCUGCUGAGCCGGGACUUCCUGCUGGGCCACGUGGACGCCGAGAGCCUGGUGAGGCACCACCCUGACUGCAAGGACCUGCUCAUCGAGGCCCUCAAGUUCCACCUGCUGCCCGAGCAGAGGGGCGUGCUGGGCACUAGCCGCACACGGCCCCGGCGCUGUGAGGGUGCUGGCCCCGUGCUCUUCGCUGUGGGUGGUGGGAGCCUAUUCGCCAUCCACGGGGACUGUGAAGCAUAUGACACACGCAGUGACCGCUGGCACGUAGUGGCCUCCAUGUCCACACGCCGGGCCCGAGUGGGCGUCGCAGCCGUCGGGAACCGGCUGUACGCUGUGGGCGGUUACGACGGGACUUCAGACCUGGCCACCGUAGAGUCGUACGACCCUGUCACCAACACUUGGCAGCCAGAGGUGUCCAUGGGCACGAGGCGCAGCUGCCUGGGCGUGGCUGCCCUGCACGGGCUCCUGUAUGCAGCUGGUGGCUACGAUGGGGCCUCUUGCCUCAACAGUGCCGAGCGCUAUGACCCCCUGAUGGGAGCAUGGACGUCUGUUGCCGCCAUGAGUACCCGGAGACGAUACGUGCGCGUGGCCAUGCUCGAUGGGAACCUGUACGCCGUGGGUGGUUACGACAGCUCCUCACACCUGGCCACCGUGGAGAAGUAUGAACCCCAGGUGAACGCAUGGACGCCCGUGGCCUCCAUGCUGAGCCGGCGCAGUUCUGCGGGUGUGGCAGUGCUGGAGGGGGCCCUCUACGUGGCCGGUGGCAAUGAUGGCACCAGCUGCCUCAACUCGGUGGAGAGAUACAGCCCCAAGGCCGGUGCCUGGGAGAGUGUGGCGCCCAUGAACAUCCGAAGGAGCACGCACGACCUGGUGGCCAUGGACGGCUGGCUGUACGCCGUGGGGGGCAACGACGGCAGCUCCAGUCUCAACUCCAUUGAGAAGUACAACCCGAGGACCAACAAGUGGGUGGCCGCGUCCUGCAUGUUCACGCGGCGCAGCAGCGUGGGCGUGGCGGUGCUUGAGCUGCUCAACUUCCCGCCACCCUCCUCGCCCACGCUGUCCGUGUCGUCCACCAGCCUCUGACCCGUGGCGCGGCCUGCACAGAGGCCAGCCCACAGCCUUCCACAUGCCUUAAGCCCCCCGGGGCAGUCCCCCCGGGGGCGUCCUGCGCCGUCUGUCGCGUCUCUGCGUCAAGGCCACCGUUUGUGUUCAUUCCUCAGAGUUAGUUUCUGUGUGUGCAGUUUAUUUAUUUACUCAUUUAUUUAUUCAUUAUUUAUUGACCGACGAGCAGCGCUGCAGCUGCCAGUUUAUAUGUUUAUUCAAAGUGUCCUGUGUCUCUGGGACCAAGCUGCCCUCCAGGGUGUCCUCCCACCCCAACGGGGGCACAGGGAGCGAUGUGGGUGGACAUUUGGGCCAACUCCGACUCUGCAGGCCUGGAGGGACCAAGGAGCAGAUGCAGAGCAGCCAGGGUUGGUGGGGGGCUUUCUGAGCGGAGGCAGACCCCCCAGCCUGCACUUUGCAUACCGCCCUUUCCUUGCCCAGCCAGGCACGCUCCCGGGGAGGGCACAAAUUGGGCUUCCGUCCUGUGAGGGUGGUGUCUUUUCUGGAUUCUGCACUGAGCUGGGCACACAUGUGCCCCAGACUACACAGAGCAAUAUGAGCUGACUUGAACAAUAAACAUGUGUUUUGGGCUC